ACUGCUAGCGUGGUGAGUGUUUUUUGAUCGCGUGUUAGGAAUGUUGCAUUGAAUUAACGUUUGCAUGUCUUUGAAACACCGGUGUGGAUUUGCAGUCAGUGCGGCCUGCUUUUCUUAAAAUGUGGACCGCUGGGCUAUUUGCAUUCUUUGGCAUCGCUGUUUUAGUCUGUGCCGUGGGGAGUCAGAGAAGUUUAGAAGACAUGGGCCGUGUUGAAUUGCUGCGAAUGCGUGAACUGGCAGAGCAGCCGCGAUAUGGCGCGUGCUGGUCUCGAGCGCUGGAGAAAAUCCACUUAAGCUGCAGAGACUUCAGUGAUGAUGUGCAGAGCAAGAUCGCGUUGUCCUUCACACAUUGCCACCUGCAAAGGUCAGGUCGCACUUUCCCAGAGUGCCUGGAAGGUAGUGAUGUCAAAACAUGCACCCAAGACAUGGACCCUGUGGCUUUCAACACCUACACUGAGUUUUUUACCCACGCACACAGCAUCUGUCAUUAUUUACAGAGUGAACGCUGGCAACAGAGAGCCGAAAACACUAUUCACAGGUUGACUGAGAGUUCGGCCGGUGUGGCAGAGCAGCUUGCCUCCACCCAGCAAAUGGCAGAGGAUCUGGUUGUAGCCCAAAGUGCAGCACUAAAAUCCCAGGAGAGCAUCCUUCGCAAUGGAGAAGAACUCAAGAGCACCCUGCAAGACUCAACUCAAGGCCUGAGAGAUGUGUUUGCAGAGAUGAGGCAUUCUGCUCAGGAGCAGCAGGUGGCAUUUGCGGAAAUCUUUAACCGUGUUGCUUUCCUCCAGAGCUUCAUCAUGUCCGAGACACACACUUUCAGUUCCCUCUUCUACAACGCUCUGGGCUUUGGUGCCUCUUUCUUUCUGACCUCUGUGCAGUGUACAGCCGGGGCCAGGCAAGUCUAA